AGCUCGGAGAGAGAACCGCGUCGUCGCCACGCGCCAGGCCUCCAGGGACCUCCUGCGAAUCGGGUCCGCGUGGAACGGCUGUACCGACCUACUGCGUGAGGACGAGUGGCGAGAGUGUUGGUUCUUCGGGCGACGAGCGCCGGAAGAGCCGCCGCCGAGGGCUUCGCCCCUUUGCCCCUCUCGCCGCCCCGCCCCUGUUGGCUUCGGGGAUGUCACCGCCCGUCGCUUCCUCCUCCGACAAGCCUCUCGCGCGACCUGGAGCGCGCAGCAACUGACGAACAUCGAGCUAAGCGGUCGGCUGCGGCGGACUGCCUAUCAUCUGUCAACACAUCUUCACCGAGACCACCGCAGACCUGGGUCCUGUCUGCGGGAAGGGUUGCUGAAACCACGGGCCAUCAACAUGUGAUUCCCCGCCGCCAUGUUGGCUCGACGACAAGAUGGCCGCCGGGUGCUGGUGCUGCUCCUAGCGGCGGCUGGUUGCUGCUUGGCGCGGCCGCAGUUCGAGCCAGGCAGUACAGGUUCUGCGAAGUGGGAACGAAGUUCGUCGCCUUCGACAAGUCCGCCGGCCACCGGAUCAACCAUCCAGGCACCGGACAGCUCAGCUUCGCUCAGCGGACAACCGUAUAGUGACAAGUUUCACCACAGAGACGAAAAAGUCAGCGAUUAUCGUAAUGGAAGCAAAAAACAAGGUUCGGGAGACGCUGACACCAUCUCCGAAUCACCGGACGCAUCAGAAAAAAUUAAAGAGGCCGAGGUACCACGUUCUUCGAGGAAUUCUACCGCAGCACAAUUGGGCGAAUCCAUCCAAACAAUGGCCACUCAGCUUCUUAGUUCUCAUCUCCUCGAUGAUGGUUCAAUGGUCGAGGCUGAUAUCAGGACGCCCCCAAAAAUUAAAUCUCAACUUGAGCGCAAACACAAGCAAGGGGGCAGUGGCCAGGGUGUCGCGGUGCCUGUUAUCAUAGAAGAUGGCGAAGAUGUCGAGAAAACAAUUGAAAAACUAGACCGAGGUGGUUCAAGUCGAGUACCUGAUACUGUAGUCGUCAGUAAAACUUCGCAAGUACAUGCUGCAUCUAGACCCCAGUCGACCACUCCGUCGAGUGGUUUCUCUACGUGGAUACUCUUAAGUGGUAGUAAUACAACAAACCGGCCAACAGUAACCAAGAAAACCAAACCAGCUUUGUUGGCCACAGAAAAGCCAACUACGACGAGACAUGAACCAAACAAGCCACCUCCUUUGUUAGCAUUUCACAACAAACCCUCAGCUUUGUCAGGGUGGACGUCGACGAUGACUCCAUCAGUCACAAGACCAAGUACGUCUUUCACCAGAGUUGUUACAUCGAAUCCUCCUCCAAGAAAGACCUCAACUGCUGGGCCAUUUUCAACCACAGGCAGUCAUGUGGAUAAUCACGCAAACACAACAACAGCAAAGCCACUACCUCCAACUUUGACACGAAAGCCGAACCCCGCACCGGGGAAUAAAAUCAAGAACCAAACACGAUUAGACGCACUGACGCAAGUAACUCGCCGUAAACCAGCAACCACUUCUACGACAACCAACCGACCACAGGUUACCAGUUUAUCUUUUAAAGAAGUACCUGUGACUUUCUCACCAACGCCUAUCGAGAAUUCUACAUCAUCGGUAUCAGAAGAUGAUGCAGCAACUUCUACAACUAAAAGGACAAGGAGACCAGGAGCAAGUGAGAAGAAAAAGAAGAAGAAAAAUAAAAAUAGGCAUCGUCGACCAAUCAAGAAACCGAACGACGAUCCUGAAUUAGAAAGUAAAAUAACAGAUGAAGAUGUUAAUACAUCUAUAGCUGCCAGCACUAAAGAACGCCCAUUGUCGACACGCAUUUAUAACUAUCUUGCGAGAGAAGUUAUGCCCUCUGUAGGUGUGGGCUUGCUAGGCCUUGUGUUCACAGCAGGACUUGCUGGUCUCAUCAUGUACCCCUUUGCAGGUGGUGCUGCACGUAAAACAUAUGACGAAACAUCUCCAGGAGGAUAUUACAGUUAUAGCUCAAACAUUGACAGGGAAGGAGGUAUGUCAGAUGCAGAAGCCUUCGGUAAAGUUCUGGCCGGUAUGAAAGAAGAUCAAAUGUCAGUUUAUAACAAUGUAGGAGGUGGAACUUCUGCAUUUGUUAACCCCCAAGAAACCAGGUAUGAUGUCACUACAAGUCGAUAUGGAGGUGGAAGUGUCGAUUCUUCUCAAGAAGGGGCUUAUGGCCACAGUGAAACCAGUCAGGUUUUCGCAGGUAGCCAAAGUUCAGAGAACCUAAAUCAUGGUGAAGAUUAUGCAAGGAAUCAAUAUUCUUCGCCUUUUCCAGUUUACAGUAGUAGGGGGGUUCGAUACAGACAGGUAGGUAUUGGAACAUCAUAUGCUGUUAACCACGAGGUCCCUGAAACCAAGGAGGUAACAUUAACAGACAAAAUAAAUCAUGUCGCUUUAGAAAAUGAGAGUUUGUUUGCCAGAGACAAGGUUCCAUCAGUGCAGAGAGGUCCUGUACAGCAUCCGACUGUUGAACAUGGGCCCAGAAGUCUCAGUCGACGAAGAAGAGAGGCACUGCCCGAAAAGGAUGACAUGGAAAAUGAGAUUAUACCAAGUAUGGUUAUUGAUAACAAUAAAAAAGAUAUGGCGAAUAGUACACCAGCAUCAACAAUAGUUAAAAAUGAAAUAAGUACUGAAAGUUCGAGUACUGUUCUCCCAACAGAGAAACCAGAAAAUACCACAUCAGCUGAAACAAAUGAAGGAAGUACUUUGGGACAGUCAGAAAAGCAAAAUGAAACUAAUGUGGAAACUACCACUUACGCAGAAACUUCAGAAGAGACAACAUUCAUUCCUACAACUGAUCUGUAUGAAGGGGGUAAUGUAUUUUCUUCUGGUAUCGUGACCGAGGAAAAUGGUGUGGACUACAAUCCUGAGAACACAAAACCUCAACCGUUUUCUUUGCUAGGGCUCUUAAAGCAGUUGGUGCAGUUCAAAAUAAGGCUUGGUUUGGAUCUUUUGCGGAAUUCUUCAGCGGCAUUUACUCAAUACUUAGAAGGUGUACAAAAGAGAAUGGAUGCUUCUUAUCGUAAUAAUGUAAAACGAUCAGCAAAUAUACAAGAGAUAAGGAGUAGGACAAAUUUGAGAAAAACCCUAUCAAGGAAUGUCUGAAACAAUUCAAUUUUAUAAUACAAAAAACCCAGCAGCUAUAGCAACAGGAAAUGUUCUGCAUAGUUAUCUUUGUGGUAAUUAGCUAGGUUAACCAUGCUUUUAAUUGAUUGUGUGUUAUAAAUCUUGACUGACUGGUGUAUUUGGCACACAUACAAUUUUGAAAUCGCUAUAGCUGUCUUAGUUAAAUUUUAUUCUUCUUUUAUUCUUAAAUUUAAUUCUUAAAAUAGGAAAUUACACAAUUAUUUCUUACAAAAUAUGUAUCUCUCAAAAUUAAAAAAAAAAAAAAAAAACUUAUUUCAAAGAAGUUGUUCCAGAAGUCAAAUAUUUUCAGUGUAAACUGAAAUAUUUCAUCGCACAUUUUGUUAAGAUAGCAUUUCAGAUUUAUCAAUCAUAAUAAAAUAUAAAUGAGAUCACAAGUUAUAUAGCUGCACAAAAAGUGUUCUUCUUUCACACAUUUGUAAGAAUUUAUGGUCCAAACGUAUAUUUCCAAAGGUUUAUUUAACAUUCAUAGAUAAAUCAACUGGCCACAAAUAAAUGUUUAUAAUCACUCUUAAUUACGUCCGCUAUACAUAUGCACAUUAAUUUUUUUGAGGAAGUUUUAACCAACGGAAUUUUAAUUACUUAUUUGAUUGCAUAAUUAUUUUCUUAUGAAUUUUACUGAUGGACCCGAAACGGUAACAGUUAAAUAUUUUUGUGUAAAUACUACCUUUUACUGCAAAGCGUAUUAUACUUCCAAUGAUGCUGUUUGAAAAAUUUUACUAUGAAAUAUGUAUUCAGGACUAAAUCCUCAAUCUUCUUGUCAAACAAUUGAAUACCUUUCUGAUUAUAUAUUUUUAACACAUUAAUCACUUCACUACUUCUUGCUUAUACUCUCCCGAUGUUUUACACAAAGAGGACAUCUUUCUGAGUGCAUAUUGAUUUUACAGCGUUAUAAGUGUGAAAGUAUUAAUAUUGUGAUGCACAAAAUAAAAAAAAAGACAAUAUGACAUUAUUAUGGCGUAUGGUAUGAAAACUAUUGUAAAAAAAGAUACAAAGGCAAUAAAUAUUAUAUAUGU